GAGAGAUUCUGUAUUCCUGCACUGACUGUGGGAAGAGCUUCACAACAUCAAGGGCUCUGACAGUUCAUCAGAGAGUGCACACAGGAGAGAAGCCUUACUCCUGCUCCGACUGUGAAAAGAGUUUCUCCCGAUUGGAUAAGUUAAAUAGGCACCAACUAAUACACACAGGAGAAAAGUCUUACUUCUGCUCUGACUGUGGGAAUUGUUUCGCCCAAUUUAAUACCUUAAAAUCUCACCAGCGUAUGCACACAGGAGAGAAGCCUUACUCCUGCUCUGACUGUGGGAAGAGUUUCUCUCAACUGGGAAGCUUACAAACACACCAACGUAUUCAUACAGGAGAGAAGCCUUACUCCUGCUCUGACUGUGGGAAGAGCUUUAGAACAUCAGGGGCUCUGACAGUUCAUCAGAGCGUGCACACUGGAGAGAAGCCUUACUCCUGCUCUGACUGUGGGUGCAGAUUCUCUCAACGGAGAAACUUAAAAAACCACCAACAUAUACACACAGGAGAGAAGCCUUACUCUUGCUCUGACUGUGUAAAAUGCUUCACAACAUCAUAUGAGCUAACAGUUCACCGGAGAACACACACAGGAGAGAAUCCUUACUUCUGCUCUGACUGUGGGAAGAGUUUCUCCCUAUUGGAUACCUUAAUCAAACAUGAACGUAUACAUACAGGAGAAAAGCCUUACUCCUGCUCUGACUGUGGGAAGAGUUUCUCUCAACAGAGUAACUUAAAAAGACACCAACGUUCACAUACAGGAGAAAAGCCUUACUCCUGCUCAGACUGUGAAAAGAGUUUUUCCCAAUUGGAUAAGUUAAAUAGUCACAAGCGAAUACACACAGGAGAGAAGCCUUACUCGUGCUCUGACUGUGGGCAAAAUUUCUCUCAACACAGCAGCUUAAAGAAACACCAACGUAUACACACAGGAGAAAAGCCUUACUUCUGCUCUGACUGUGGAAAAUGCUUCACAACAUCAUCUGAGCUAACAGUUCACCAGAGAACACACACAGGAGAGAAGCCUUACUUCUGCUCUGACUGUGGAAAAUGCUUCAAAACAUCAUCUGAGGUAACAGUUCACCGGAGAACGCACACAGGAGAAAAGCCUUACUCCUGCGCUGAAUGUGGGAAGAGUUUCUCUCAACAGAGCAACUUAAAAAAACACCAAUAUUUACAUGCAGGAGAAAAGCCUCACUUCUGCUCUGACUGUGGGAAUUGUUUUACCCAAUUAUAUACCUUAACAUGUCACAAGCGUAUACAUACAGGAGAGAAGCCUUACUCCUGCUCUGACUGUGGGAAAAAUUUCUCUCAGCACAGCAGCUUAAAGAAACACCAACAUAUACAUAAAGGAGAAAAGCCUCAUCAGUUCUCUCAGACCAGCUAAGAUUAAAGUCCAUCACUUAAUUCUCAUGUCAUAAAGCAAGUGGUAACACUGAAUUGGAUCCUAUUGUUUCUCACUGUGAGAACUGUGCAGAGGAAAUGGAGAAUUAGAGAAUGUUAGCCUCUCUUUACUAAUCAGUGUACACCUUGUCAGUUUUGGUGUGUUUUGUUAGCUUCUACUGUAAAGAUAUUGAGAUGACCUUGGAUUUGUCGUUAAGGUUGAAUAACCUCUGCGGUUUCUCUUGUUGAAAAUAUGGAGUCUGAUGGUUGACCUGGUGGUGCUGCUUCCCUCUGCAGUUUUCUGUGGGAAUAAGCUAGUAGACACAACAUGUAUCAGAUAGAGAUGGUGUGAGGAUCAGUUUUCACCUUUUGUUUGGGUGGAUUUUUUUUUUUGACUACUAAGGGACUGUAAGGUAUUUAUAAUAAGGGAUACCUGGAGAAAAUCAUAUCUCUGAAAUGGAAAUGGAUGGCCCUCCCUUCAUUUAAAUAUAUUUUUACCCGACCCUCCCUGAACACUUGACAACAAAAAAAACAAGUGACCCUCCCCUACACCCAAAAUAAUAAUUUAAAUAUGAAGUGGAUUGCAGAGAACUUGCCUACUGUUUACCCUCACUCCUUGGACAGACCAGAGUCUUAGAUAUGCCGUUUUAGAAACUGUUCUGCGUUUUGUAAGCGUUACAUGGCAAAGUAGCCAGAAGGUUGUGGUUUCGCAGAACACCGUGGAUAAGGGUAGGGGUGAACAUACAGGUCCCUCCACUAAUAUUGGGACACUUGGUAAAUAUGAGCAAAACGGGUUGUGAAAAAAAUGUGUUUGCUGUUUAUCCUCUUGGUGUUUCAUUCAAAAUAUUUACAAAAAUCAAACCUUUGAAUUAAAGUAAAAUGAUUGAAAAAAAUACAUGUGAAAUAAAUGUUUUUCUUCAAAACAUGUGUUGCACAAUUAUUGGCACCCCUAGAAAUGAUUAUGAGUCAAAUCUAACUGAAGUAUCUUCCCAUUCAUAUUUUACCUUCUUAAGUUCACCUGAGCGAUUAGGAACACUUAAGUGGUAAGCCAUGACUUCCUGUUUCACUGGGGUGUAAAUAUAUGGUGACACACAGGCCAAGGUCCGAUAGUCAUCCAUCACUAUUGGAAAGAUGUGAUAAUGUGCGACAAAUGGUUGUUGAACUGCACAUUUCCACUAUCAGGGCAAUAAUUAAGAAAUGUAAAGUUACCGGAGAUGUUAACAAUGGGCCUGGAAGAGGACAUGUGUCUAUAUUGACCCCACGCACAGUGAGGAGGAUGGUUCGAGUGGCAAAAAACAUCUCCAAGGAUCACAGCUGGAGAAUUACAGAUGUUAGUUGGGUCUUGGGGUCAGAAAGUCUCCAAAACUACAAUCAGAUGCCACCUACAUAACCACAAGUUGUUUGGGAGGGUUGCCAUAAAAACGCCUUUGCUGUCAUCAAACAACAAACUCAAGCGCCUACAGUUUGCCAAACAUUACUGGAUCUUUCAAUGGGACCAGGUUCUAUGGUCAGAUGAGACCAAAAUAGAGCUUUUUGGAAACAAACACCAGAGGUGGGUUUGGUGUAGACAGAAAGAUAUCCAUACAGAAAGUACCUCAUCCCCACUGUGAAGUCUGGUGAUGGAUCUUUGAUGUUGUGGGGCUGUUUUUCUUCCAAAGGACCUGGACCACUUGUGGGGAUACAUGGUAUCAUGGACUCCAUCAAGUACCAGCAGAUAUUACAUCUAAACCGGACUGCCUCUGUUAGGAAGCUUAAACUGUGCCGUGGUUGGAUCUUCGGGCAGGACAAUGAUCCAAAGUACACCCCAAAAUCAACACAAAAAAUGGUUUACUGACCACAAAGUCAAGGUUUUGCCAUGGCCAUCCCAGUCCCCUGACCUGAACCCCAUAGAAAACCUGUGGGAUGAGGUGAUGAGGAGAAUCCACAAGUGUGGGCCUCGGAAUCUGAAGGAUCUAGAGAGAUUCUGUAUAGAGGAAUGGUCUCAGAUCCCUUGCCAUGUGUUCUCCAACCUCAUUACGCAUUAUAGGAGAAGACUCAGAGCUGUUAUCUUGGCAAAGGAAGGUUGCACAAAGUAUUGAAUGAAGGUGUCAAUAAUUGUGGCACCUUGAAACGUCCUUGUCACCUUGAAAAGUCCUUGUUUUUGGAAGAAAAGCACAUUUAAAAUAACAUAAAAUUGAAAAUAUUCAACCCUAAUGGUGAUUGGAGGAAUUGGCUGACACAAUCUAUGGAUAGUUGACUAUAAUUACAUCUGUCAAACAGGUGCAGGUCUACCUCUUAUUUAUUAAAUAGGAAGAUAUAUUCUCCAACACAAAGCUAGACCUUCUCGAAUUAGUCUACUUUCAGCACUCAUCCGUUGUCCAUCUGUAAUGUAAUUUACUCUAAUAUGGCUUAUGGAGAUCAAUAACUCAAUAGCUUCAUUAUAUUGUUUUAAUUCAAAUCAAUUAUAGUCGUAGCUCUAGUUUUCCUCGUCUUCAGGUUCCCCCUCUCCAACUGAACAGGACAUCAGUAGGCCUAGUCCGCGCACACAGAUUUUUUUAUUUUUUUCAAAUCAAAUGUUAUUUGUCACAUACAACAGUGAAAUGCUUACUUACAAGCCCUUAACCAACAAUGCAGUUUUAAGAAAGUGCCACCGUACACAGCACAGUCAUUGGUAGGUAGCACUGAAGGGUUUACCUCAGCAAGAACAGGGCAACAGAUUACAUUUUUAUUUUAUUUAACUAGGCAAGUCAGUUAAAUAGCAUGCUCUAGAGGCAAUGUAUGGUAUUGCUGUAUAAGUGAGUUAGCAUGUUUUAGAUGUAAUGUAUGGUAUUGCUGUAUAAGUGAGUUAGCUAGCAUGCUAGAGAGGCAACGUAUGUUAUUGCUGUAUAAGUGAGUUAGCAUGUUUUAGAUGUAAUGUAUGUUAUUGCUGUAUAAGUGAGUUAGCUAGCAUGCUAUAGAGGCAAUGUAUGGUAUUGCUGUAUAAGUGAGUUAGCUAGCAUGCUUUAUUUGCAAUGUAUGGUAUUGCUGUAUAAGUGAGUUAGCUAGCAUGCUAGAGGCAAUGUAUGGUAUUGCUGUAUAAGUGAGUUAGCUAGCAUGCUAUAGAGGCAACGUAUGUUAUUGCUGUAUAAGUGAGUUAGCAUGUUUUAGAUGUAAUGUAUGUUAUUGCUGUAUAAGUGAGUUAGCUAGCAUGCUAUAGAGGCAAUGUAUGGUAUUGCUGUAUAAGUGAGUUAGCUAGCAUGCUAUAGAGGCAACGUAUGUUAUUGCUGUAUAAGUGAGUUAGCUAGCAUGCUAUAGAGGCAAUGUAUGGUAUUGCUGUAUAAGUGAGUUAGCUAGCAUGCUAUAGAGGCAACGUAUGUUAUUGCUGUAUAAGUGAGUUAGCUAGCAUGAUAUACAUGUAAUGUAUGUUAUUGCUGUAUAAGUGAGUUUGCUAGCAUGCUCUACAGGCAAUGUAUGGUCUUGCUAUAUAAGUGAGUUAGCUAGCAUGCUAUAAAUGUAAUGGCCGCAUUAGCUAAUACACCGUUGUUGUUACAGAUUCAUGCCAUCGACAGCCAUCAACAUCAUUGAGCCCUGCACAUCUAUGUAAGAGUGGCAGGUAGCCUAGCGUUUAGAGCGUUGGGCCAGUGAAACCAAAAGUGAAAAAUCUGGCGAAGUGCCCUUGAGCAAGGCACUGAAGAAGAAAUUAUUAUUUAAAACCCAGACGACCUUGGGCCAAUUGUGCGCCACCCUAUGGGACUCCCAAUCACGGCCGGAUGUGAUGCAGCCUGGAUUGGGAACGCCUAUCCAUUGCAGUGUAGCCUAGUUUUAUAUAUACACUGCUCAAAAAAAUAAAGGGAACACUAAAAUAACACAUCCUAGAUCUGAAUGAAUGAAAUAUUCUUAUUAAAUACUUUUU